CCCGCCGACGAGGGAGCGCCGCCGGCGCCGGAGGUCGGAGCGGCGGCCGAGCGGCCGUGGCUGGACUGCCUGUGGAUCGUGCUGGCGCUGCUGGUGCUGCUGGGGGACGUGGGCACGGACCUGUGGCUGGCGCUGCACCACUACGGGCGGCGGGACUACGUCUGGUGCGGCCUGACGCUGGCCUUCGUGCUGCUGCCCUCGGUGCUGGUGCAGAUCCUCAGCUUCCGCUGGUUCGUGCAGGACUACACGGGCGGAGGGCUGGGCGCCGUGCAGGGCCUCAGCAGCCGCGGGCCGCCCAUGAUGGGGGCCGUCGGGCGCCGGGGGGGACCCCCCACCCCCGGGGCGCAGCGCCUCUGCAGGAUCUCCGUCUGGGUCUGGCAGUCCGUCAUCCACCUGCUGCAGAUGGGACAGGUCUGGAGGUAUAUCCGAACUAUGUACCUGGGGAUCCAGAGCCAGAGGCGGAAGGAACACCAGCGGCGUUUCUACUGGGCUAUGAUGUACGAAUAUGCAGACGUAAAUAUGUUGCGCCUCCUGGAAACUUUCCUCGAGAGCGCUCCUCAACUGGUGCUACAGCUCUGCAUAAUGAUCCAAAAGAACCGUGCAGAAACAUUACCAUGUGUGUCCUCUGUGGCCUCCCUGAUGUCCCUGGCUUGGGUGCUAGCCUCCUAUCACAAGCUUCUUCGGGACUCUAGGGACGACAAGAAGAGUAUGAGCUACAGAGGGGCCCUCAUCCAUCUCUUCUGGCGCCUCUUCACCAUCUCAUCCCGAGUUAUUUCUUUUGCUCUCUUUGCUUCCAUCUUCCAGCUCUACUUUGGGAUCUUUGUAGUGGUCCAUUGGUGUGCCAUGGCUUUCUGGAUCAUCCAUGGUGGGACAGAUUUCUGCAUGUCUAAGUGGGAGGAGAUCCUCUUCAACAUGGUGGUAGGGAUUGUGUACAUUUUCUGCUGGUUUAAUGUCAAGGAAGGGCGGACUCGAUACAGAAUGUUUGCGUAUUACACGGUAGUGCUGACGGAGAACGCUGCCUUGACGCUCCUUUGGUAUUUUUACAGAGAUCCUGACACCACUGACUCAUAUGCCGUGCCAGCACUGUGUUGUGUCUUUCUUAGCUUUGCUGCUGGGAUAGCUUUGAUGCUGUUAUAUUAUGGUGUGCUGCAUCCCAUGGGGCCAAGAGCUAAGAUCUUUGCCAGCUCCUGUUGCGCCGAGCUGCUCUGGGGCAUUCCUUUGCCCCCUGAUGUUGAGCCCAUGGCACCCCAAACCCCUGGGUACCGGGGGGCCCAGGCUACGCCCACCAGAGCGGUCACGGAGCAACAGGAGGAACUCACAGCUGACACUUGCUUGCCCGUUUUCCAGGUGAGAGCAAUGGUACCAUCUACUCCAUCUGGGCGACCCUACCCCCCCGAGGGGCCUCUCAUUAAGAUUGACAUCCCGAGAAAGAGAUAUCCUGCAUGGGAUGCUCACUUUGUAGACAGGAGGUUAAGAAGAACUAUCAACAUCCUCCAGUAUGUCACCCCCACAGCUGUAGGUAUUAGGUAUAGAGAUGGACCUCUCUUAUAUGAGUUGCUACAAUAUGAAUCUUCACUUUAAAGCUCCUUAAAGCAAAAGUAAAAGAGGGGACCUUAUUUUUGUUUACGGUAAACACAGAUCAUGAAACAAACACAAACCUUCAGAUAAGCUUUCUUUCUGGUUGCUGUAUGUAUAAAAAAAAAAAAAGAUAUUCUCUAUGUUUUGUAAGUAAAAACAAAAAGAAAAACUUUUCUUUUGUUUUUUACACACAAGAAACAGUAUUUCAACUUCCACACCUAGGAUUCACAGGUGGAGAAGGAGGCAUCUCCACAUCAGUUUUAUACCGUACACCAAGUGUAGAACAUUAUUUAUGGGAUUGGUGCUGAUUGAAAAAUAAAAAAACAAACAAACAAACCUACAACUGCCUUAUGCCCUUAGGUGCUGAGUUUCAUUAAGUACUGUCACCUUUCUCAUGCAAAACUCUUUGAUGAUUAUAUGCCAGGAAAAUAAUAAUAACGAUAACGAAAAAAAAAAAGAACACGCAACUGAAAUACAAACCUUGAAAUUAAUAAGAAAAAAAAAGAAAAAAAAAGAGAAAAAAAUUAAUAACAGCAACAACAACAAAAAAAAAAAAAGAGAGAGAAAUGUCUGAAAAUAUCUCAUUGCUCUUAUUGGAUUUAACAUUAAAAAAGAAACAAAAAAAAAAAAAAGAAAGCAAGGCCGAGACACCCCAAUGGAGAUUGAUUUUUUGAAGGCUGAAGGACAAGAUCAGGGCUGCACCUCCAGUGAGUGGCACAUUUAUGGCACCGCUUGGCCAAGCCCGCGCACCUUGCCCAAGUCCCGUUGUAAAUGUGGCCAUGUUGGGGAGCCGCGUUCCUCCUGUAGAUGGCCCAUGGGCCUUGGUUGGUUUGCAGUGGGGGAACGCGGCGACGCAGAGCUGAUCUUGUCUUGAGCAACUGCACACGCUGACGAACCAUUGGCUUCUGUGCAGUCAACAACGACCGCCUGAGCCCACAACAAGGCCUGCCAUGCUGAUUUCUGGAAAAUAAGAGAUCUGCGGAUAUUGAAUUUGUAUACCAAAAACGCUGUACUAAACCUACGCAUCUCUAAUAAUUUCAGUAAUAAUAAAACUCAGCAUAGUAGCAAAAAGCGAGUCAAUUCAAAGGCACAAUACUUGAUCAGUGACUGGCAAAAUAAUUUGACCUACUGUAUCAUUUUAAGGCUGUGAAAGGCAUACGUGUAUUAUUUGUAAUCUCGUGUAAGACCUGUCACGUCUCAUUCAGUGCGAGCCUUAAAGUGAUUGUAAAGCAUCCUUUGUUUCAUUGGGGGCUUUUGGGGGUUUUUGAUUUUUUUCGUUCUGGUUUUUUUUGUUGUUGUUGUUGGAUUUUUUUUGUUGUUGUUGGUUUUUUUUUGUUUUGUUUUGUUUUUUUAUUUUUAAGGAAAACAAAAUCUGAAAAUCGGGAUAAGCAAACGAACGAGCAAACAACACCACAAACAAACAACAACGGGAAAACGACAACAAACAAACAAACAGAAAGACAACAAACUUCUUCAAACGGUAAUAACCUGUAAACUGACUCGACGUCUUGAGAUGAUUUGGUGCUUUGUAUUUUUGUUGAUGUUGUUGUUGUGAUUUAGCUGAGAUUUCUUCGACUCGGUACAUGUGGGGAACUGCUGAUAAAACUGUCUCGUGUCACCCUCGACUGUAAGUACAUGGCAAGAAACAACACCACAGGGAACGCAAGAGCGUAGCGAGAGCAUCGUGGUGUAGCUUAGCCUUCUCACCGCAAGGAGAUUCUGCCGCCUCCGAUCAUGGCGAAGCGUAGACGGUCACCUGCCAAGGGUCGCGUGGUUGUCUUGACAUUUCCAACUCACCCGCCCGCUGUCAGACCAUUCGCAUCUCUCGACUUCUGUUCCUGUGCUGGAAUCUCUGUUUCUGAGUUAAAUCACGGGGUCGCGUCUAUCCACCACCCUUUUCCUUUCGGGGAGCAUUGCUCCUUUCAAGGAAUAUUCCCGUUUUCAGGGCAUCUUUUCAAUCCCACCGCCCCUCUGCUUGGGAGGGGAGAAGCAACAACAACAAAAAAAAGGUAUUUUUACCUGAAUACUGUAGUAUUUUCUGUGCGUGUUUGCAAUUUUUUAUUCCAGAAAUACUGUAACUGUCUAGGGUGCAAAACUCACGUGCUGACCCCUUCUGUAAAGAACAUCAGCACAGGGGGGGAUAUUUUUUAAUUACGAUUACGGUUAUUUUUUUUUUUUUUAAUUUGAAUAAUCAGUUGUUUGGUUUCUUUUUUUUUUUAAUUAUAAUAGCAUUUAAAGAAACUAGUACAAAUUUUAUAUAACAGUUCAAAGAAGCUGAAUGCUUUCUUCGCCUGAAUAUACCUGAAGAGAAACAUUUUUUUCAAUCAGUGAUCCUUUGCAGUAUUCUGAGAAAAAAAAAACUUUUUUUUUUUUUUCAGCUGUGUCAUUUUCUUUUGUAAAGAAACUUGUAACUCGUGUCCAUCCCUUUUAAGGAGGGCAGGACUCAUUUGCGCCAAACUAGAGACACACGGCAAAGUUUGUACAAAGCCAAAUUGUCACUGGUACUGUAAUUCCCAGUCACACUCCAUUUCAGGCAAACGUUUCUGGGCUCUGAUUAGAACCGAUGUGAUGGCCACAUUUUCGUGCAAUGGGAGGUGUUUUUGUCUUGUCAUCCCCUGCCUAAAUUCCCGAUCCCUUGUUUGUUGUGCACAUAUAUAUAUGUGUAUAUACACGUAUAUAUAUAUUUGUGGAAAGCUUUCAUUUCCUUUCUCCAUUGCCUGUAUCCCAUAAUCAGUCCCCUCUCAAUUGUCCUACUGAUGUGUCACCCUGUUCCUUCCCUAUUAGUAUGUAAUGAUCAUCAAAAGAGGUAAUUUGUGAAGUGAACCUGCCAUCCUCUGAGCAAUUUUGCACUGCUGUCAUUAAAAGACACAGGUGCUAACCCUCUGACAAUGACCUUGAGUUCCUCCUCCCAAGACUUCACUUGUUUCUUUUUCUGCAAGGACUCGCCCUUCAUACCAGUGUAGAUACACUCCAGUCUGCUUCUCCAAGCCUCACACCCUGGUUAAAGACUCUUUUCAGCCCUUCCGCAAAGAGCUCUCAUCUACACAUCCAACUUUUCAUCAGCACAAGCAUGAGAAAGAAAUGGUUGGGUGAACAGCUCCACUCUUCCUCGGGGACACGUCCUCUAGGAGACACCACCUUGAUUUCCAAAUGCACCAGGAGAAGGUUCCACACCAAGUGCAUCAGACCUGAGGUCUGCUUUGGAGAUGCGAACACAUCUGAUGGAACAGCUAGACCCUGCCACUUCGCACCAAGACAGUGAGAUGAGCCAGUGUGCCACGGUACGCUCACUGGGAGUCAAAGAGGAGACCCUUUGGUGUUGCCUGACCUCGGGAGCACCUGCAGCCUGCCUUCCCUCAGGAACGAGACCCUCGCUCCAGACCACCACACCGACAGCCGUCCUCUCCGUCUCACUGCAAGAGCGGAGGGGCAAACCACUCCAGAAGUGACCUUACUUCUCAAUACAGUGCUAACUUCUCACAACCAAACCAGCUUGACUAAGGGCUUGACUCAUCCCUGCUCCAAAGUCCUCCUUCUUCGGGUCUCGUAGUACGGACAACAACGAAAGCAGGUGCUUCCGCUGCGUGUUAAGACUGUUACAUUAUCCUUAGCCACAUAAGCUUUCUGCCUCUGCUUUGAGUCCUUGCUUUGAGUGAUAUCCACUGGCAUCUUGAUUUAGCAAAAUAUUUCCCUUUGAAAGACUUCAUUGCAGCCUUAACGUCAAGUACAUGCUUUGCCACUGCACCCAACGGACAGCUUGGGGUGGUGACCAUCUCCUCUAGGGACUAUCUGUGAUCGUGUUGCCAAACAGCGCCUUUUGCCAAGAGUGGGGAGCAAAACUGCCCCCACCUCUUUGUUCACAGUAAUCCCAAAGCUGAGAGUCUUGUCCUCACCUUCUUGUUUCCUUUAUUGCCCAGGCUCCCUUUGGUUUUUGGAGUGCACCCUGGCAGGAUGCUUUGGUUUCAGUUGUUUUUUAACUCCCCGUUAGGUCAGUUACGCCAUGUCCCAGCUUCUUGCCGGAAGAUGCUGCUUGAGGGUUUUUUUGAACUGGAGAAGACUGAGCCCGUAAUUAUUCACACCACAAGCUGCACGGACAACUUCUCUGCCACGUUUGUGCUGCUGAAUUCACCCUGGGACCAAAGAAGUGAGCCAACCACACCAUGCCAGGACAAAGCCAGGGCUCCACCAUCCCUGCUGUUAAAUUGUUCAGCCCCUCUCUGGCAUGGUUUUCAUCCCCUCCAGCAAGCUUAAGCUUGGGCACAGCUUGCACAGGCAUCGAUGCUGUCCAGGGACCAUCCCCAGCUGGCAGCAUGGAUGUGGCUACGCUACAUUGAGAUGAAAGAGUUUAGUAGUAUGGAUGUGGCCAGCACGGUUGGCUUUGAGGCCGGAAUGGAUCCUGGCAGUGCUUAUUCUGCUAAUAAAGAUGUAUCUGUAUGCCACACAGCAGGAUUCGGGAUUUUGUGGAGUGCAUCAGCUCUGGCCUGGCAUACUUCUGUUUUCUGCCCACUUCGAUGGACAAAGUAUUUCUUAGUUCACUUGGUUCUUUUUGCUGAGCCUAUUUUGCAAGCAGCGUCCCUUACAUUGCGCUAAUGUCCAUCUGUCCAUCCAUGUCAGAUGUCUGGCGUGCUCAGUGUGGCAGUGUUACACAUCUACAGGCAGUUUGGAGACUUGAGUGAUUUAGACCAGAUCAAGUGAUGGGCAUUCAGGAGUUACAAGGUCCCUGAGCAUGCCCUCGUCACGCUGUGCUACCAUGCAAGGUGUUUCUCAUCCAAAGCACAUCUAAUGUGGACUGCAGAAGAGGAGCCAGUGUUCUGUAAUUGCCAGUGGAAAGUGCAAGCGAGCCACCGAUUUCAAAAGUAAAUGUAUAUUUUGCAGUGUUUUGGAUGGGAGCUAAUUGUCCACUUCAUCCAUCUCUGCACCUGCCAAAAGCUCAGUAGCCAUUUGUAUGUAUUUUUAUUUAGAACUGACUGGAUUCAAUGGGACAAAAUGAGUUUCAAGCUUUAGUCAGUGGUCUGCUAAAACCCGUCUGGUGGUGCUGAUAGUAAAGUGUUUCUAUUGAGUUUCAGAGAGCAACCUUCCCUUGCUCUUCAGAUAUUCCUAUACACAAGAUUCACUUCACAAUGUAUCCCUGCUCCUCAUCCCCACACAGAAAUGCAUGAGCCGAGUCACCCACUCCCCUGCAACAUUCACCAAUCCUCCUGAAGAAAAUGUGGUCUGAGAUCCACCCAGCACGAUUUCAUUGAAGCUCAGAGGUGCUUUGAAAAGGAAAACUUACUACUGUGCAUUUGCAAAACCUUUUAGUGCCUGCUUGCUGGGCAGCUUGGGCAAGAGACCAUUUGGAAGCUGCCAGAGUCAGUAAAAAAUUGUAGGGACAGGCUUUUCUAGGAUCUUCUGUUACUGGGUUAGCUUCCCUCUGGAUUCUGUUCAGCUCCAAUGUGGUCGUGCAAAGUAAAACAAACAACAAAACCCACACAAAAUAAGGUCUAUGCCAAUCCCCACAGAAGCCACGGCUAGCUGGUAGGGACGACGUGAACUCAGUUGCACACCCUUUGCUUGCUGCAGCUUGCAUGCUGUUCCUUUGGCAGUUGUCUGCAGCCCUGGGCUUUGGGGAUGGUCAAUGCCCAGGGCUGUGAUUGCUGUUUUCAUUUUUCCUUGGAGCUCAGGUGUAUUCUGGUGCAGAGAAUCUCAGCCUGGUUUGAAUGGGAAGAUUGGAGGCUAUCCCAAAUAGACGUGGGCAAACCUUUCACUGUGUGCAGAGCGCAUUUCCAGACCUUUGGGUACCGCUUAUUUCUCCAUGAACACGUUCGGAAUCGUUCCAUUGUGUUUGAACCUGGAAAUAGCAGUGUGGUGGCUCUUUUAUGCUGCGGUGUGAUGUGGGGAAAGGGAGGACCCUUCCUUCUUGAGCUGGAGAUUGCCUGUGUUCAACCCUUGUUCCUUACUUGAAGCUCAGGCUGUAGGAUAAUGAGAAAAAUGAGAAAGUGUGAUGACAGAUAGCUGCAUAUGUCCCACUGGCUCUUCACUACUGAGGAGGGAGGCAAUCGGUGACAAUUAAAUCUGCAAAACCUAAAAUGAAUCUGCUGAUCUAGUUGUUGGCAGCCCUGCCCACAGCAAUGGGGUUGGAACUUGGUGAUCUUCAAGGUCCCCUCCAGCCUAAGCUGUUCUAUGGCUUUAUGAAAACAAUCUGGACUUUAAUAUAAAUUCGAAUGUACACCCAACCCAAUUGGAAUGAGUGAUGUUGAUGAUAAAAUAAUGUGGACUGUUCUUUCCCAUUGUAUAUUUGAAAAGAAACAAGCAAAAAUCCCCAAGCCACAGCAACAAGAAAGCACGGCGAGCAGACAGAAAUAAUUUGAGCGCACAGAUUUCCCUCUCUCCCUCUCUGGGACAUGUGCAGCAAGGGAACUCUUGGAAAACCCGUUACAUGCGGAGUUGCUCGUAUUUGGAUUUGUGAACAGCUGUGUUGGUCAGAUGGUUUUUCCCAGCGAGCGUAGCAAGGGGCCACAGUCGAAAGCUCAUUGCAGGUUUCAGGGUGAUGGGACUCCUGGGUUUCAGCCCCAGCUCUGCCACGACGUCGCUGUGUAACCUUGGGCAAGUGAUUUAACCUUUCUGUGCCUACAGUUUACCCAUCUGUAUACAUGGGUACAAUAAUAUUUACCUACCUCACAGGGGUGUUGUGAGGCUUAAGCAAAUGCGUGCGGGAGGUGCCGGAAUCGCGCCGUAACGUUGUCGUUCUCUCUGGGUUUGUGCUGUUAUCAGGAAGGAGGAGUCACGGGGUUGGUUACACCACGCGGAAGGAGAUCCUGCCGGUCCAUGUGCGUGUCGAGAAAGUGAUCUUAAGUCUUCUCUCUCCCCAAAAGCAAGGAACAGAGAAAAUUGUUGUUCGCCAACUCAAUAGCCUUGCUUUCCCGGUCAAAUGUAAUAGCGCUGUUUGCAAUAUUGUUUUCUUACGCAGCAGGUGACCUUUCCCUUUUCCUUUCUGUUUCUGGAAACUUGAAACUAAAGACCACAAAAGUAUUUCUGAACCGAACAGAUUACUGAUGAAUACUUGAAUUUCUUUAAAAGAUGCUCUCAUCAGCCACGGUUAAAGUGCACUAAUCUUUCAGUCAUCAGCAUCCAUCUGAAUACAGUGAAAAAUUUGCUCACGCUGUUUUGGAAUAGCCUGGACCUUGGUUGGGAGGCUGGUAUUCUGUUUGCUGAGGAGUCUUGUAGGCAUGGGAAACUGGAGUCUCAACCGACAAACGUGAAAAAGCUGUUAUUCUUUUUGGUUUUGCCUUUGGGUUUCUUGGCGGCCCAGGGACAGCACAAUAACUGCAGUUCACUUGGUCGUGCAGUAGCUUUUCUCAAACUGUUUCCUUUUGUGAAGGGUGAAGGUGGGUGGUGCAAGGGGAAACCAGAGUCAGCACUGCUCACGUGCAGCUCUUCUCCAAGUACCUGCUUCCCUGCCAAAAACGCAUCCAAGGAGACCAGACCAGGGCUGCCUUCACGCCCAUCCUCAACCAAAGCCCCCCUUCAACCCCGAGUGGGAGUUUUGGCUGUCGAUGAUGUGUCCUUCAAGGUGGAUUCAUCCCUGGUUUAACCCUAGAACGCUCAGUGCAACCCAUAGUAAUUCUAUCUAGAGCAAGGGGAGGGAUCUAGUUAGUUGCUCCAACUAUCUGAUAAUUCAGAAGGGAAAAAGCAUGUUAUAGAAGCCUUUUUUGUUGCUGUUAUUGUACUGUUAUUUUCUUGUUUGAGUGUCCUGACCAUCCUAUAAUGCCUUUUUUUUUGGGAAAUGCAAUGUGAGGCAAGACUUCCUGCUCCCUUUCGGCAGCGCUUUGUGAAGCCUGCUCACACACUCCUUACUCAGGCAGAGCUCCUGGGUUUUGCUGUGGGGUCUCGCUUUCUCUCCUGAGUAAGGACUGAAAUCUGGGCAGCGUUUCAGCAAGCUGUCAUCUUCACUAACCCAAGAUUUGCCUUGCAUGGAGCCAGAACAAAGCUGGGAAACCCUACUCCUCCUCCACCUCCGCCUUAGUCUGCCGCGUCCCUCGCGUCCCUUCCCUGUCCAUGUGUACCACCGUAGGGAUUUCGGUCAGAUCUUCUGGCUGCAUGGCCCCAUCUUUUCCACAUCACCAACCAUGUAGCUGCAGAUCUUCCCCCUGGGGUAGAGCACAUUCCGAAUCUCUCUUCUUGCAGAUGAGCCUCUUCCCAUGAGCAUCGGCUUUGGGGCUGCUCCUUCCCCCUUCGUCUCCUCCACCAUUUAUUUUCCCUGUUUGAAGCACUCAGCUCAGUGCUUCUGGGUUUUCUUUCUACUGCUUCUCUUCCAAAAAAAAAAAAAAAAAAGAAAGAAAGAUUGAAGCUGGAAAAAUCCACACAGCAAUGUGACUCCUUCGGUGCUAUGCUAACUGCUUUGUUCUGCCCAGCCAAGUGCUGGCCAACGUACAGAUUGUCCCUCUUUGUCCUAAGAAGCACCACACAUCUGUGUCUUGAACAGGGAUGAUCUGAGAGGGAUGAGAGAGGGCGAGUGCUGUUUGGAAAGCGAUGGAAGUCUUAUGUGUUAUCUAGUAGAAAAAAAAAAAAGAAAAAAAAAGAUGUAAAUGCAGACUGCUUUCAUGGCUAAUUGUCAACCAACUUGUGGAACUAAGUAGGAUAUAGCCUAUAAGGUAUUGAGGGCAUUAUAUAUAUAUAUAUAUACACAUAUAUAAGAAGUGAUGAAAAGUUCACCUUUAUCAAUAAAUCACCCUUUAAUUUUCCUGAAAAUGCACUAUUCAGCAGUUAAACACAUCUGCCCGUGUUUGCAGCCAGCUGUUGUGCUUUGAGCCACUCCAGCAGCAAUGGCUGUUCCAACUGCAGAGGUCAACAAGCAGGUGUUAGGUCUGAUCCGAAGUGGAUGGCUCAGAGUUUUGGGGAUUAAAGGGACUAGUCAACGUGUAUGUCUGCGUCUAUAUACACAGCCCCGUGGAGAUAUAGGCGAGCAUACAUGCCAUGUUACUGCAGCAGUAUAUAUGUUUUAAUAUAUAUAUGAAUACAUUGUGAAUUCCUAAGGGCUUUUCAAGAUGAGGAAGGUAGUUUCUGGUGCAAGCUGCAAAGAAUUUGGGGAUUGAAGGUAGGGCUGUAAUGAGUAUUCCUAGUGUGUUAUUUUUUGAAGUCAAAACAAGGAUAAACAAUCAUCAGAAGCUUAAGAUCCUUCUGGAGAAAUGCUGUACCACCUGAUCUUCCUUUAUUUAAGAAAUAUGGAAGCCAAAAUCAGACCAAAAAUUAGGGCCACGCGCAGUGUCAGUAUAAAUCAGUAAAGCUCCACUGAUGUCCUCACAUUCCGUGUCUCAAAAACGAUCACUUCAUCUGGUGCCAGGGGAACCUAAACUGCACAUUAGGGCCCCACUGGGCUUUCUUGAACCAGUGAUAAGAGACUUUCUGUUGUUGCUGAAACCCAAACAAAAUCGUGGACAAAACCAGGCCUCUCUUUCCAAGCAGAGCCAUGUGAAUUUGGCAAACCCCACCUGUACCAGUGGGAACAGCCCUGCUCAUAAGGGCAGCACAGUGGGUCCUUCUUUGUGGGGACUGCACCCCAAAUCUGCUUUCGAGCCCUUCGGAUCUAAAUGCCAACUGGUACCCAAAGGAAGUGAGAAUUGUUUUCUUUCCAGAUGUCAUUCCCAUCCAUCAAUCACAAGGACAAGGAGCUCAUAUUUUCCUUUUUUUUUGCCAAUAAAACCUGCUUGUGGUGCCAGAGCCCCCUCCCUCAAACCCAGCUACCGCCACCUGCAUGCCUUCCCUUUCUUCCACCUUAAAAACAAAUGCUAUUCUUUCCCAAGUAGCAAAGAUCCAGGACAAAUGCCAGAUGAUUACACCUGCAAUCUGUUUGCUUUGGGAUUUUAUUUCAGUUUCAGAGGGCAUAUGAGUACACACAGGGACACAUGCCUGCAGAAACUGCAGUAACCUGAAGUUGAAGCCACUUGACUUCAGUGAACUUGCUCAGAGCUGACACUACUAAAAGAGAAACCAUGCACCAAGUGUUCCCCAGGGUCCCUCCAAAUUACUACAGUUUCAUGCUGUUCCUGUAUAAUUUGCUUUUGAUUUUGUUUUCCAACAAAUACUGAAAACUGGUUAACAUCCAAGUAGAUUUACGAUGGAUAAGUAGUAGGAAAAGUGUACUGGUUCUCACUUAUCCAUGGACCUCUUAGUACUACUCCAGCAAUUAAGCAAGCCUUAAAUUGGAUGUAAUUGCUGCCAUUUGGAGGAGAGCUGUGAUGCAUGUUUUCUUAUUUAAAAAGGUAUCACAGCCAAAUCCCCUGGCCCUGUCUUCUCUAUGUAGGGAGAGGGAGAAGGAAGAGAUUUUAGAUCAAACAUCAAACUUUGCCAUUAGCUACAAAAUGUGCCCUCUAUCAGACAGACAACAGUGGUUUUGUCUAGUGGUUCCACUCUGCAAACUCUUUCACCAUUCCAGCCUUUUGUUCCAGUGGGAAUGGGAAGUAGUUUCAAAAGUGUUUAAAUACUCAGGGAAGGACUAUUUCAAAUCUAGGUCUGGUGACUUCCAUUUGUGUCACCGGGCCAAGUUCAAACCAUUCCAGUAACGUGAUUUCCCAUGGUAUGAAACCAGAGUGAGGCAACAGCUGGGGUGGGGCCCAUGUAUGGUAUCCCAAUGGUAACCCAGUACAUGCAACGGAUUCCCAGUUGUGAUGUACUUGGAGACCUGACAUACCAUGUCCCAUCAUGCGGAAGGAUCUCCACCAUGUCCCAACCCCAGGAGCUGUUUCCCAAACAACAAGAGUUUCACAGAAAGGCUAGAUUAGUGAUGGUUUCUUUUGAUUGUAGGGAAAUAUCAUCUCUUCAGCGUGUAUAUUUUUGGGUGGACUGUUGUAUAUAGAAGGUAAAAUGACAGUGCCUGAAGAUGUAUGUUCUCUUUCCAUCUCUGCUGUGGGCUGUCGGAUAGGCAAACCAAGAUGUUAGGAAUGCCUCUACUAGCAAAUGCAACCUGCCCUGCCUAAACUCCCUGGUACCACUGGCUUGUGCUCUCAGAAAGGUGAUAAGGGAAUGGCCAGGCUGUUGUCUGGUACCCAGCCCUGCAUCUCUGCCAUACUUCCCUAAGGCAUUGAAAUAUGGCUUUAAAGACCCCUUCUGGCCCUGCAGAAGCCUUGGGAAGACAGGAUAGUGAAACACUUUUUGCAAAGCUCCUGAGCACCUUCUGAUUGAAUGGAAUUCUGUACGUCAAUGGCAUCUUCUAAAAUCAGCUUUCAUCCUAGAAGCAGUUUUGGUUAGUGAUUUUUGAUAGUACUGGAAAGUUGGCACAGCCAUAGAGAAUAGCACAACUUAAAUACUUGUAUUUCAGAAGUGCCACUUUUCCCAUAAACAUUGAAAUUUGACUAAUCAUUGCUAGAACUCUCUGUUAACAUUGAAAACCUGGAAAACGUUCUUGCACUGGAUUCCUCUGAUAAACCUUAUUCAGUGAGCACAAAUUCCAAAAUCACUCCAAAAUGGCAAAGAGAAGCUGUUAAAGCAGGACAGCUGUGUUCUUCUAAUGUAUUUGCAAUGUACUAAACCGUUACCACUGAAUAUUGCUCAUCCACCUUGCAGUAGGUGCAUUGGGACCCCAGCCAGGCUCAGUACCCCCUUGUGCUGAGCACUUUACCAAAAUACAGAGGGACACGGGCCUGCCCCGGAAGAGCUUUCGGUUUCACUGUGGUUGUUUUUGUGACCUUGGAUGAGUCGUAGAACUGCUCAAUGCCUCAGUUUGCCCAUCUCUAAAAGGGGAGUUACGAAGCCUACCUCACAAGGAUAGUGUGAGGGUUAUGUCAACGACAGCAAAGUGCUUUAAGCCCUUAACAUCAGAAGUACUGUAGGACUGUGGCGUUCAUGGGCAAAGCAGGUGAAAACAGUGCAGCAUGUCUCCUGGCCCCUGUCUUCAUGCAGCCUGGUAGAGAAUGAUCUGAUUUGGCUGCUUCAAGGAGGACUAGCAAAAGCCACACAAGAUGCCAUGCUAAGCUUAGGGUCAACACAUUUCUCCAUCUUUCAAAAUGCUUCACUAUCCCAUAGGAAAACUGCCAUGGAGGUCAGCUGAGAAGCCAGGGAUUUCCUACAGUCAUCUUUGGGCAUGGAGUUAGAGAAAGCAGAGGUGGAAAGAGCACAUGGGUCACCAGGUGCAUUCCCAAGAAUGCCUGUGCCACGGGCAUCUUAUAUCGUAUGCACCCACCCACCCUGAAUCCUAUCUGGUUGGAAAUAUUCCAAAGAAGGGCCUUGCUUACCCUAGACCCCCCUGGUCAGGUACGUCAAACAGAAAUAAUGGCCUAAGAUUUCCUAGUAAGAAGUAUAUUUUUUUGCUAACUAAGCUUGAAACUCAGUCAUGCCCAUGCCUUGAAUCUUGCCUUAUUAACCGAACUCAGCACAUUCUGGACCCAGCUCAUUUGUCUGAAGUCAUCUUUCCAGUGCCAUUCUGAUCCUGUGGGGCUUGCUGUCUGUCAUCAUGUUAGGAUCAAGGAUCUACCACUGAGAUCAGGAAAGGUUGGCUCCUUCCUAGGUCACUUCUGCACGUGAGCCACCCUCUUGUCCUUACUGGGGUCUAGGCAGACUAAUCAGACCCCACAAAAAGAUCAUAAAGACCAAGGAAAAUUACUUCAAGUCCUGCCAUGGUGGCACUUCGGCACCAUUCCUAGCUUCUGUCAGCAGGAUGCAUUUGGGAGGCACGAGGACCCCCAGUGACCCCUGCUCUGAGCUGGCUAAGAGAAGCGGAUGAGGGUAGGCUUGAUCCUCCUGCAUUGCCACCAAGCUCGAUGGCUGUCCUCUUGAUUUGGUGCAGUGCCACUGAGAGCAGAGUCGGGCGGGCGUCAUCGUGAUGCAAACCUGGUGCUAUUAACUUGGUGUAGAGUGCCUGCAAGUCUCUUCUUUUCUUGAUCACCAAGCAAUUACUUUAUGCACAGGAAGCCCAAGGUUUAUGUACUGUCUGCUGUGACUUCUCAUUUCACAGGAGGGCUCUUAAGUUUUUCUGUCUUGUUCCUCAACUCUUCUGCUAAUUUCUGCAUCUUAAAGGGCAAGGUGUGCAUGUGUGGCUGCUUGAGUGUCAAUCCAUGAGCAAAAGUAACAGAGCGAGGGCCAACCAGAAAGUGCAUUGCAGCAGAGGAUUGGACUGAGUGAAUGAGAAGUGUGGGGUAAGCCCUGAGAAAACCAGACAGACGCAUUUUGAUCUCCGUCUCCAUCUGACAGCACUUCUGUAAAUCUGUUGAGACUGUUGCCUAUGUCCGGGACAGUUUUGUCUCCGGGCUCCUGGGGAGUGACAGAUUGAGAUAUUCAGGGCAGGGUUGCGUCGAGGGAUGAGAUCAGACUCUCUGAGCACAUCCAGCACGUCCCAGGAGGCAGCCCACGUCAGGCUGUGCCCUGAUCGUCUUUGAUCAAGCUUUGAGCUCUAAAUCCUGCUUCCCUUACACCGGUGCGAGCAUCCUGAACUUGGCAAGAUGUGGCCUUUUUAAUUUAGGAAGGCUGUUUUUAAAAGUGUCCAAAGUGCUAGAGCAGAGCUCGCAAAAUCAACGUGCUCCUUAAAAAGACCCAAUUCUGGUCCCCAUUUCACUGUAUGAACCCUCUAUGAUUUUUUUAAUGGAACAGCCUGUUUUUUUGCCAUCAGCAAGACCAGACGUUGGCCUGGCCCCACCUGCCCUCAUUAACUCCCAAAGCCCUUUAUUUGUUGACGCCAGUGAUGUUAGGGCAGCAACGUUUCAAUUCUCCAGACCUUGUGGUGCCUUUUCUUGUGGUGCUUACCCUUUGCAGGACUCCAGUCAAGGCAACCACUCGCAUCAAACAGCAACGCCAGUACUUCUCCUCCGGAUUAUGUGCCACUGCAGUAACAGACUUUAAUGUAUACAUAUAUAAAUAUAGAUAGAUAGAUAGAAAUAUUACUAUAGUUAUAAUUAUAUAUAUGUAAUUGAGGUUCUGAUGCCGCUGUGCGGGGAACGGACCGUUCCUCUGCAGGAUUACACUGGGUGAAACCAACAGCUCAAUAUCUCGUAAAGGCUUGCAGCCUUGGCAAGGAGCUUCUCUCCCGUGCGUUCGUUCUCACGUCACCCAUUUCUCCUCCCCGCGAAAACAAUUUCCAAACCAUUUCUCCAAAUUCUGGGCAGAUGAUGCCAUGCGGCGACAUCGUCCUCCUGCCAUGGGAUGGGUGGAUGUCGCCUUGCCAUGAAGGGAGGACGAUGGGACCAAUGGGGCAGCAUCCCCAGGUGUUUGCUUUACCUUUUCCUUUGCACCAAGGGGAUGCAACCCAACAGCUUGCAAGCGGUGUUUUCCCUGCUAGCCAACCACCCUGCCCACCAGCAAGCAUUCCUAUCUCAUCUUCCCAAGCAUCUUUCCAAUGCAGUCGCUUCAUUUUUUUUUCCCAUUGGGAUGCUCGGUUUCCCACGUUGGGGAGAAGGGAAGCUGGCGAACGUGGUUUGCUUUGCUCAUGCCAGUAGUUCUGCCUGACUUCAGGGGGCAGUUUUUUUGUCAAGGGACUGCUGGGUUGGGUCAGUCGUCACCUUGUCGUUAUCUAUCAUAUUGCUGAACCUAUGGGCCUGUUUCGGAUAGAACAGAUGUUGAGUGAAGGUAUUUUCUACUAAAGGGAACAACACCAAUAAUACUGUAAAAGGUGCUAGAAUCAAACCUCAUUUUAUAUACUUUGGUUCUUAGAGAAAAAAAAAUACACAGAAUUCUUCCUGUGCAGCCUUACUGUAGAUUGUUAUUAACCAACUCUUUAUCCAAAAAGAAAAAAACAAAAAAAGUGAAAAGGUUAAAAAAGGACAAAAAUGAAGCGAUCCUGUAUAAAGUGUAACAAAUACGACUUUCCUAUAUAAAUGUAAAUGAUCAGACAUAUAUUAAAAUGCACUUGAGGCAGGCGGCAAGCACGGAAAGCUUUUGUAGUAUCCUUUUUUAUGCACAACAUCUGUCUUUCUUCAUUCGGCUGGUGCAAGAGGGAAUGUGCCGAGGCACUUCUAUUUCCUUUUAAUUCUGUGCGUGAUUUUCUGGGAGAAGGAAGGAGGAGUGGGAUGGAGGUGGGAGGUUUAGCUAGCAAGCAAACCUGAAUAUUCAUCUCUUUUUUUUCCUUUUUUUUUUUUUUUUCCUGGCUAGUUUAUGGCUGUGUUUGGACUCCGUUUCUCAAAGGCUUUUUAAAGCUUUGCCGCCUGCCCCAGGUGCUCAGUGUAACUCUUACCUCAAGAAUGCUUACAAAAAAAAGUCAAUUGUUUUUGGUUUUUUUCUUCCCGUGUCUGGAAAAUUCGAACAAACAAAUGACAUCAAUGACGACAAAACAACUGAAAACACGAACAACCAGCAGUGAAUGAAGUCAUGAAAAAUAAAAAAGAAAGAAGUCAAAGCAGAGGUUUGGUGAUCAAACCGAGCCAUUCUGGUGCUUUUCCCCUUUUUACGUUGCUAAUGAUCAAAAUUACAUGAGAUGGGCUAGGACAAGUUCGUGGUCUUAGGCUGUAGCAAAAAAAAUGUAUCUAAAAGAAUACAAAUUUGCAUGGAAAAUACUCUGAUGGAGCAUUUAAAGAAUGGCUGUUUCGAUGUCAGACGUUUAAUGUUAGCAUGUGUGUGUGCUGUAUAUACCUUUUCAUGUGUGACAUGUACAGUUGACUGAGGAAAAAAAAACAUAUGGAACCGAACAAAAAAUAAUAAUCAAAUGCUAUUUUAUCAGAUGAUGCACUUUUUCACCUUGAUGAGAAGCCACUGUUCACAACUAUGCAAUCUUCCAGUUUCUCUCUCUAUCUCUUCUCUCCAACCUCAAAUUUCCCAACUAUUUUCCAUAACCUAAACCGUUUUUUCUUUCGUACAAAGAAACACAAAAAGUUCCAAACUCUGGUUCAAGGUGAGAGUGCUACUGUGACUUUUCUCAAGCGAUAAGAGCUAACAAACAGACAAACAAAAGGGGUUUGGUUUGGUUUGGUUUUUAAGAAAAAAAGGAGGUUCAGACAUGACCCUUUUUAUGUUUCCUAAAUGAAUUGAUGUUUUCUACAUGUGCCAGGCUUCUGUUGACUGUUUUUUGGGUUUGGUUUCAUUUCUUGAUUCAUGUUCUCUCUCUUGGGUUUUGGGAUUUAUUUAUUGAUUUAUUUCCUUCUGUAUUUAUUUUCUCUUUUUUAAGUCUGGUUUUGUAUUGUAGGUAUUGGGGAUGCGAAGAUGAAGGUGAAAUUUGGCUUAACUUCAAGUGUUUUAGUACAUGUGUGUGCUAUAUGUAUAUAGUUUUCUACAUAGAAAAUUUUACACGCUUUUUAACGCACUUUACGACAUGUAUGUACAAAGUUGUCUAUAUAGAAAAAGUAGUGAGUUAUCUGACCUUCAAAGAAGAGAGUUUUGAUUAAGAGGCGUUCAGAUAGUUGAGUAUUUUAUGUGCGCCCGUGUGUGUAUUAUAUACUAUAUUAUAUAUUACAGAAAUAUAUAAUAGCGUACGUCCAUGUUAGGGUGUGUACGAUAGAUACACGCAUCCAAACACAUGAUCACGCCCACCUCUACCAUAAAAGUAGAGGUUUUGCAUUUCCUUGAGGUUUUCACGCUACGAUAAAUAGCCUGGCUCUGUUCGGCAAACUUCUUCCCUGUCCUUGGAUGAAAGGUAGAAAAUUAUCAUCCUUUGUUGUCCCCAGUGCACUGUCCCCUUGUCAUGGGAGAACAGUGUGCAUAGAUGUAGGGGGAUUUCACCCUUAUAGCCUUUCUUUUCCCACCCUGGUUUACCAGUGGGUGCCGAGUGACGAGCUCAGGAAACCGUGACCAUCAGAUGGGGCUGCCAUGUCCCCUGCCACCAACUCACCACUCCACCUAGAGCAACAUCUCUCCCACUUCUCUGUGCCUGUCAGAUUGGGGUUGCUGAUUCUUUCCAAGCCUUUAAGCACUUUGCACUCAUGGUCCUUCUCUGCCAAUACCACAGGGUUCCCCUCAACACCGGUGGGAGGUGAUUCGGGCCAGUUUACAGUGAGAUCUUCACCAUCUUACCCUUGUCCUUCAGCUCUCUUCUGUUCAUGAACCCCACCCCUGCCUUGCUGGUGCAUGCUUUGACCUUCAUCAUCUCACCAUUAGGUUUUAAAUGAGCACUGGUGUUCUUCUCCUUCUUUCCACUCAAGGUUUCCCAGUUCUUGAGAGCCAUGUACGACCAUGCCUAAGUAAUUGCUAGCCCACUUUUGCCCCACAUCUUACAUAUGGACUUCAUGUUUCUUGGGGUAGGGCACGUGAAGCCCCAUUUCUGACUUCACUGCUUAUUGGACAUCUGAUUUAGUAAAGCUCUUCCAUGUGACCAGACGACAGCUUGGCUUGUAUUACACUCAGCUCUAGAUAUAGAAAGGGCCCUUAUUGGAGCCAGCAAAAGUGGGAAGGACAAGGGAAUGGGUUUGUGGCAUCUCUUCCAUUUGUCAGUGAGUAUACUAGUGUCCACAUCAGUCUGUAGUGGCCUGCAUGUCCCUUCAGGCCAACUUUCAUGUCUGAGUCCUAAACAAGAAUGUCAUAUCAUCCUUCCUACUGAAGUUAAGCCUACAAUUAUCUGAAAACGACUGCCAUGCAAAAGCUGGGGACAGUCUUCCCAUCUUGCACAAUGUCAUGGCUGCAGCCCUUCUCAGUCAGUUGGUUGGGUUGUUGAUCCAGGUGGUUUUGGAAACCUACUGUGAUUGCUUCUUGUAACUCAGUUCUCUAGAAAGCAGCAUUCAUACCUAAAAUAAUUUAUCAUAGGACACCUCACCCAGCCUUAGAUGUUACACAUUGUCUAUUUAAUGGUAUAAUACGUAAUGCAGCUGUAUUGUCUCAAGUGUCUACUUCUCCACUCUUUGCAGGCUCUUCUACCUAAUGGCAAGUUUUAGGCUGUGGAUGGUGUUUGCAAGGAGCUGUAGCUGUCCCUUGGACUUGCCAUUAGGAUGCUGAGAUCUGUGUGAAUGAUUAAUCCCUCUCACAAAUCAAAGACAGUCUUUUCCCCCUGAGUGACUUGAAGGCAGAACACUUAAUUUCCUUCCCUGAAAAUACAAUGCUGAGAGGUGUCCAUCUUAAAACGAGGCCAAGAGGAAUCAUUUUCUGCCCCAGUUAGCGGAUUGUAGUAAAGCCUUAAGAAAAAAAAAGAAGAUACUUUUCUAAUUGCUAGAUUCAACAAAUGGAGGAGCCUAGAGGUCAAGUUUGACUCAAUCCAUAACCGUGCAGUCAAAGUCUUUUAAGUUCACACACUCCAGUUUCUUAAAGGCAGUAAGUUGGAAAGGCUUCUCCCUUCCAUGACUCAUCCAGAAAAUCUCUGCAAGGGAAAUAAAUGCAUGGGGGACACUUGGUGAUAUAUUCUUCCUCUCCAGGUUAUCCAGAGCCUUCAAAACAAAGCAAUGAACCCACUGGAGCUAAAAUAAAAGCAGACCUGUGUUUGCAUUCAAAACAGCUUUUUGUGAAAUGAAAAAAAAAUCUUUUAAGAGAGCGUUGGCAGACAGCAGGAAAGGUUUGCCUUGUGGACAAGUGUAAAGCCACUUGCAGCUUUCAGACCCUAAGAGGCAGCAUAUUUCUUGUCCCCUUGAUUGGAGAUGUUUGUUCAAAGUACUUUGCCUUCUGGUUCUGUGAGCAUGAGGUGGACAUCCUCUAAUUUAGCAAGAAAAGUUGGAUAUCCAGUGAGUUAUCACGAUUCCUUCCGUAUUCAGGAGAGAAAUCAGGGCACCUCCAGGUAGGGAUUUCUCUCACUUGGUUUCCAGUUGAGAUCAGUUGUGUGCCCUUUAGCUGGUUACUUUUAGGUGAGUUGAAUCCCACCUGAAGUGGACAGGAUUUUCCAUGCUUGCAAACCAUUUCCCACCAUGUCUUACUGUGAGACUGCUUCUCUGUUUGCUCAGCCAACAAACAUUCAAAGUUAUCUCCUUCACCAUAGCUCCACGCUCAGCAUCCCCUACCAAAGGGAUGCAUUGACAUCAGGCAGUCAGACUGAAGAAAAUCAGGCUGCAAUUCAGAGUUGGACCCACUCAAGAGGGGGGAGAAACUGUCACUUUCUGUGACAGUCUGCUAAUCGCUGUAAAGGUUCACAAAAAACCUUGAAAAUUAAUACACAAGUAAUAACCUUCCGUCUGUUUUCCUACAGGAUAAGGUCAUUCUUUGUCUAGAUGAAAAGCGAAAAGGAAAAACUGAGCUACAACAGUGACUUGCUCAAAUACAGCGAGCUGGUAGCAAUCACAUCGGCUUCUUAAUCUCAUUAGCAAUCCGUUCUGGACAAUUUUCCUCAUUUUCUUUAAUUCAAGCACCACGUUUUAAAUGGCAGGAGAGUAAAGGUCAGAUUGCAACCAUUAACAGAACGGCUGGGGAAUCGUGCUCCUUCCAGGGCCCUGCUUCCUAACUUUGCAGAAGUUUAGAGGGUAUGUUUGAGCAGCGGCAAGUGGGCUGUCUUGGCUGGAGCUUUAAACAUUUUUGUCUUUGUUUCACAUUGAGCACCUAAGCUCCUUCCAUCCCUGCUAGAAUGUGGCUCCCGCAUCCUGGGAUAUGAUGGUACUGUGUCCUUUCUUUGCUGCACACACUGCUUGGAUGAGCCUGGUCCAAUGGCCUGAAGAAGGGCCUUCACCAACCGUCCCAUGCUCAGCCACUCUUGCUCUCUUGUUGGGAACAUGCUCAGCCACUCUUGCUCUCUUGUUGGGAACAUGCUCAACCACUCUUCUUGGGAAUGUUUGCCAGUAUCCAACUUGCUUCCCACUGCUGUCGUUAAACCAUCUGCUUCUCAUCUUCAUAUCCUUUCUGCUAUGGAUGUGCCACCUACACACCGUCAUCACUGAUUGGUAGACUAAUUAUAGAAGUCAGUAAGCCUAACCCUAUUCCAGAUGCCUCCCCUGAGCCUUGUGAUCAGAGUUAAGAGCCCCAGUCAUCCAGGUGCCUUAGCAAGUCAUGUAGGAGUGCUGACCACGCAGCCAGAUCCCACCAGCUACCCACACUGAUCACCCCAGAGCCUGGUCACUUCAGUGGUGCCGUCUUUCUUGCCACAUAGCUGCUGUUGCCUGAAAAGUGCAACAGAAUCCAUCAAGGGGCUGCUCUUCUGCUAAAGCCUUCUUUUGUUGUCCACUGUCAACAAGUCUGAGCUAAUAUUCACAAGCAUGUGUUGGUGAAUGUAGCCUGUCAAGCAUUCCCAGGAUGUGCUGCUUCCCCUUGGCCACCAGAAGAGAGGGGAAAUGGCUUAUCUUUCUUUCACUUAGUGCCAGCAGAUUCCCUUAGAGUUCUCCCUCUUUGUGUUCAUGCACUAUGAGUAUCCCUAGAACACAGGCUAUUUCUCAGAGCUGUUUUAUCGAUGCUGAACAUCACAAAAAACUUCCCCUUGAAGAUGACUAGUUUGUAGAAAAUGCUUCUGAUUUACUUCUGCCUUUCCCCCAGCUUUCCAAUGGCAUUAUUUCUAAGUGGACUGUAAUACUGGUAUCAGUGUUAGUAGGACCCAUUGAUCAAGUAAUCAAAGCUCACUGCUGUGUUGGAUAUACAUAUGUUAACGACAGUUGUGUUAAGCCAAAUUUAGCAGCUGGAUUCUUCAACAUCCCUUUGUUUUGUAUCUACCUCACUAUGAUUUCUUUGAUUUCUUGUGAUUUAGUGUUGUAUACAAUGUCAGAGGUGAUAUGUAGAUAAAAAUAUAUAUAUAUAUAUAAAAAUAUAUAUUUUUUGCUUUGCAAUAAAGCUCAAAGCUAUAACACUGAAUAUUCAUAAAAUGUCAUAAUCUUUAUUGUGAUGUUCCCAUUUUAGUUGUAAAAUCCUGUCUGGAUCCUAUUUUCCUGUACACUAGAAUCAAUAUUGUGUUCACGAGUGAAUGGUUAUUAUUUCUAUUACUUCUCCACUUAAGCGAUAUUUUUGAGAUGUGAGAUAGACACCAGAAUUGUCAAAACAUGAAUUGGUUUAUGUGUUUUUUCCCCAUGUGUAGCCUGUGUGUAACUGGAAUCAAACAGUGACGUUGAAAGAAAAUGAUUUGCAGUCCUGAUCUUUCAAUUUUGGCUUAUCUGAUCGUAGCAUUGAAUUUGGCAGGGAGUGGAAGCAAAAAUAGGGGGACUAUUAGGAUGAGCAUAGGAAGGAAUGAAGGAAAAAUAUUCAUCACAGUUUGGCUGAAGAGAGGAUUCAUUCUUUGAAAUAACUGAAAUGAAAUGUGGCACAUCUCUGAUGAUGGAAACUACAGUCUCCAUCCAGUCCAGCUUAAUUCCAGGCAGUGAAAAGUUAGCUAUGUGCCUCAUGGCAGUCCCUGGACCAGAGGCACAAAUCCAGGUCCUUUCUAUUGGAAUGGAGAGAGACAAAAAGUUCCCUAGGGCUCUUCACACCUAAGAUGCUUGUCUAAGAUAUGUGGGAUACAGCUCCUUCAGGAUGGGUGUAUCUCCCUUUCUCUGCGGGUAGAGCGGAGAAGAUGAAUUUGCGUUAGAUAUCUCAUCUCUCUGGGCUAAAAUCAAGUUCAAGGACUCCCAUCGUAAGAGCACAAAGAUCAUCCUGGCUAAUGAAAACUGUCUCAGUGUUUUGGUCAUGUGCGUUAUUCAGAAACAGAUGAUACCUUGUGCUCUCUCAGUAGAAGGGAUGAGGAAGGUGGGAGCUCCUGCCCUCUUGGCAGAGUGGGAAAACAGAACUUUACCUACUGCUCCUAUGCUUGUGUGGUGGAAAACAUCCUUAGACCCAGGGACUAUCCAGCAGUACCAAAAGCGACCAAUGUCCAGCACAGAAAUGCUGGCUGAGUCCUACAGAAGGGAGAUGAGUGUCAGGGAGGACUGUUGAGGACACUGCUCCCAUAGGCUGGAAUUAGGGGGGAAAAAAACUACGUUGAGCCCAAAUGCUGGCACUCUUCGCUUAAUUAGAGAAUAUUUCCAUGGAUCUCACGCAUUGUCUACGCUGGGAGCAGAAUGAGGUGAAUCCUCUCCAUUUCCCUUCCACCAGACUGUAGGGAAAGGAACAUUUUCCUUCACUGCUUUGUAAAAAAAAAAAAAAAUAAAAAAAAAAAUAAAAAAGUAAAGACCAGAAAGAAUCAGACGCAAAUGGAAUAUGACAUAUUCUUGAAAAGUAAGGAGAAAAAGACACAAAUGAACUUAAAUCCAGUUACUCCAUCGGGAGAAAAAAAAAUAAGAAAAUAAAGAUGCAAGAAAUGAAACCCAAAUAUGAGCAAAUCAAAAGGAAGGAAGUGUUAUUGGGUUUCACCUAAAGCAUGUGACAGGACUGCAAAGUGCAUCACUUAGAGUGGCUUUCACAAGACCUCUUCUGUGUUGUCUUCUCUCUAAAAUUUGCACAAUUGUUCAGUACUAACAGCACUUUUUUUCCUCAUUCUGAUCUGGUGUCUGUACAAAUCUGGCUUGGGUUUUUGGUUUGUUUUUAUUAUUGUUGUUGCCUGUUCCCUGCUAUUUCUGUUUUUACGGUGCAGUAUUUUGUCUCUAUGGAAUGAAAUACAGAUGUGUUCAUGAAAUUGUAUAGCAGAUGGAAUUACAGGUUGGAGUUGAUUUGGAAAAGAAAAACAAACUAACAAUGAGAAGAAAAAUAUCUAUAUGAAAAGUAUGCUUCCAAAGUGUGUGUUUGAAUUUGAGCAUUUUGUCAUUUUACUGAGCUUUUUGAAAGGCUUAUUUUGAAAUAAUGAGACUUUAUGACGGUUGGGGUUUUUGAAUACCAAAAAGCACAAUUAUCGUUAAAACGUUAUCAUUUUUAUUACAUUAUUUCACUCUCUGCCUAUCUGGACAUUAUAAUCCCCAAAUUUUGUCACAAAAUAUAUAAUCCUUUGUACCUGCUCAUUAAUCACCUUACAUUAGGCAAAAGGGAGAGAUGCAGCUGUUUCAUUUCUGCUCUGAAACCACGCAGAAUUCCUGGCCUGAUUUGUUUUUUAUUUGCUUUAACAAUAGGGUUGAAUUUUUACUUUGUGUUUAUUCUCUCUGAUGCUUACCGUGAAGACAACAAGGUCUUCUUUUAACUGAGUGGCAAAGAAUCUAUGCGGUAUAUGCAACAGACAGCCUUGAUUUUGCCACAUCUGCAGUGAGCUGUGGUAUGUGAAGGAUGGGCCACGCAAAGUGCUUGUGGGUCUGAUUUGGUCACACUGAUAAGUAGUACUGAGAGGGCAGGCUUAUCUGUGGUGCAUUCCUCAGCUGUAGGGGGAGGUGCUGAAUUAAUGCAGGUGGCUGAGUAGUGGUAAUUUGGUCCUCAGAUGUUGAGAGUUGGUUGGCUGAUGAAAUGGAGAAGUCUUAAUUUCUUUGUCUGAAUGGAGCCUACAUUUGCUUCCCUUAUUCUCCCAGAUAUUUCUACUGAUGCUAAUGGGAUGCCUUCAGUUUUGGUCAUAGAAGCAUUUUCUUGUUAAGUCUACUUGUUGCAUUGUUAGUGUGGUUCUAUCAAGAUGAUUGCUUUUAUGUUCUUCUGCUCUUUUGUGGCAUUGACUGUGCUUUACCAAGAAGCUCUGUGUCCCUUCCAUCAUAUACAAUAGCUCUGCUCUUUUCCAGGUUGCAAGGCCUUCCAUUACUGUAGUGGUGCUCUUUAUUUUGGUGGCUUUAUUGUGAACAAAAUCUGGCCUUGGUGGAGCUGACUUAACAUUUAUCCUGGGAUAGAGGAGCAGCACACCUUGAUGAGGAGAGUAUGCUGUUUGAACAGGAGUCUCUUCUCUGUUGGCUGUUUCAUGACAGAUGACUUAAAAUGUGUGGAUGUAAGAGCACUGGAAAUGUCUUCUGCUAAAAAUUAUAUCUGAGCAAAGGACUAAGCAGGUUCUGGGGAUGGAGCCCUUCAGAGAAGCCAAGUCUCACAGGAUUUGGCUUUUCAUCUGGAACCACCAGCAUAUUCCAAAAAGCAGAUGAGAUUAGACAAAUUGAUGCUUGCAUGGGUUGUGUUUGGAACAGAGGUGACAGCAGAGGGUAAUCUCUUGUUGUGCAGCAGACUCAUUGUUGGCGGCAGCAUAUCAUCAGAGUAUAGGGAAGGUUCGGCAGGUUAUGUUACUGCGUGGUGACCUUGCUGUUGUGGAGGCCUUUCUAGGUGACCAAUUGUUAAUGUCUUCAACAGAAGACACAUCUGCUGUCUUCUGAGGCUGCUAAUGAAGCCAAGUGGCUUCACUUUCAUUCCUCAGUCACCAGGGGAUUUCUGAGUGCACCAGUAGUGUUUCUGAAGGAGAUAAUUCCCCAUGGGAUUGAUAGCAUUGAACCCUCACCCUGAAAUGGGCAGAAAAGGCAGCUGCAAGGCCUGAGUAGGAAAGGCCUGAUUUAGGGCGCAACCCAGUGGAUAAACUUGAUGGACUUAAUUCUUUUAAAGCAGCUUUUAUACCAUGGGUUUGAGAAGUCAGAUAGCACCUGAGCCAAUUAGUGCCCCUGAAAGAGGCUGUGUCUCUCACAAAAGUCUGCACAGAAGGCAGGGUGUAUGUGAAAGCAACGCGAGCAUGGUAUUAGGCCUAGUCCAUGGGAGGAAGAGGUUUGGACCUUUAAUGGGGUCUAAGAGCAUGGAGUCAGGAAGGUUUGAGCCUUGUUUCCAUACUGGGAGCUGCAGGAGGUUUUUAGUUCCUGAAAUGACAAAGAAAUAAGAGUGGCAUCGUUCAAGAAUAUGAGGUCCAGGCUGCUCUGAAGAUGGCCAGGAGUUAAACCGAUCUGAGAUCAGGGGCUGAGACCCUUUAGGCAGCAAAGCUGUGGCUUGGAUUCUGUUUUAUUCUCUCUGUGAUCUCCUGAGACUUGGAGUCACAGAGGCCUUGGAGGCUCAGGUCGUGUCAGGAUGGAUGGCAGCAGGGGAGGGAUGUCCCCAUGCAAUUUACAAGCAGACUUCUGUCCUGGUGUGAUGUCAAAUGGUGAAACUAUGUUCUGAGUGCCUCUGUGUUUCUCAAUGGCUCUGUGGCUGGGCAUUAGGAUGUGGCCAGGCUUACGUGCUGGAGAGAUCUAGAGCAUGUGCUGCAGCUGGUUUUGGAGGUUAAGGGACUGCCACUGGAAAAAGGUUUGGGGCCGGGCACCAUUUUGUUUUUAUAGAUACAGUCAACAUGGCCUUUGCCAGAUGCUGGUUAAAUGGUGCAACAAGCUAUGGUGUGAUAGCCAAGUGGAGGUAAUACUACCUUAGACCAGACUAGACCUACAACCAAGUCUGUGCUUAAUGAGAGAGACAAGGUUUGAGGGAGAGAUCCUAUCUUUACUAGAAAUAUAUAUUUUAUUAUUAAAACUCCUCCCCCUUUAAAACAUGCCUCUUGUAUUACCUUAAACUAUGCCAGCUACCAAAACACAUCUAGGAUGUCUUUAGAAGUGCUUUCCAAUGGAUUUUGUCUCAGUAUUGUCAUUCCAGUGUUAACGAACUUUUGUGGCCCUUUUGGUCCUGCACCCUUUUCAUAUCCCAGAGUACAUACCAAAGCAAGAGACUUCAUCUUUGCAAGGUGCCAAAGGUUGCUUAUUAUGUCCAAAAAUACCAUCCCUGCUUUCCGUGUGAGCUGAGGGGAUCAGUACGUUCCUGGAAGAGCCCAGAAUUUUUUGCUCCAUGCCUUUCUUUUGUUGUCCUGCCAACAGAGCCUCAAGGACAGCAUAUGGCCUUGUUACACUUGUUUUUUUUUCUUGGGGAAAAAAAAAAAUAAAGACACCAGAGUACCACAUGAGUUUUAAUAGUGUAAAACGAGCUGUAUUUAAGUCUAUUUCCCUCAGACAAACAAGAGAUUUCUGCAGAAUUCAUCAGUUUUAUAGCUGGCUGCAUGUUCCUGCAGUAACUCCUUAUUUUCCAGGCUUGAGGAACGAUCACUUCCCCCCAUUCCCAGACUGAUUUAAAAUAUUAUUCCCUCCUAAAAUAAUUCCCUCAGCUCUGAUGCUUACUAGCAACUCAGCCCUGGGCUUCCUCAAAAUUCAUAGCCAGGAGCACUGAAAGAAUUUGCAUCAAGUGGCCCAUUUCCCUCAAUGUUGGAUCAUAUAAAGUACAAGGAGGAGAUUUUUGCCUGUGGCAGAGUUUACGUAAGCAGUGAGAACACAUCUCUGUUAGCCUGUAGUAUGUCUUGACUUAAAAGCUUGCCCUUAACAGACAGGUGGAACAUCAGCAUCUUGAAGAUCCCCCUUUUAUUGUGCUGAAGCAGUUGGCAGUUUCAGGACAUACUUUUUUUUAGGACCAUUUUGCUGGGCUUGGUUUUCAGAGCAGUGCGAAGAGUUACAGCUGUGCAGGCAGAGUGGGUGAAUGUAGAAAUGUGCUAAAACCCAUGCUACAAGGUGGAAUCCAGGGCAGAGAAACCUCAGAUCUACAAAGGUCCUAUGAAAUUCAUCUCUUCAUGACACCUUCCUCUGCAGUUUCUGGAGAGACUUUCACAGAUUGAGGACUAGCAGUGGAUCAGAGGCUCUUCUCCCCUUAAUCCUCCCAGGGAAGAGGUGAAGUUGGAGUUGUUCUGCACUGUGAGCCCUGGGGAAGUUUUUGUCACAUCAGCUUGGGUUAGGAGUUCACAGAUUCAGUGGAACAAAUGGCUGCCCAGCUCUUUGGAUCACUAGUAUUUGUUCACUCCACUCGGUCCUUUGUUCAGCACAUUGGGUGCUUUUGCAUUACUACUUUUUUUCCUGUACAUUGAAAACUUUUUUUUUUUGGAGGAAAAAAAUGCAUUUGCCUCUUCUGAUACCAUGACACAACCAGCCUUCGUACAAGACAGACCCAUUUCAAAUGGAGACUGCCAGUCUGUUCUAGGUAGUCCAAACAGCAGACACCUCCCCAGCACUAUACUGGAGCAGCAGAGUUCUUUUCUCAGGACCAGAAUUGCCUGAUUUGCAUGAAGAUCAGCUGAAAUGAAUCUGGUAUUAAAAGCUAAGCCAAACAGCAUCAGUUUUCAAAACGGAGAAUUUCAACCAGUGCAGGAAAGAGAGGUUGGCAUCAGUGAGAAAUACAGAUGAAUGUGGACGGCAUUAGUACAAUUCCCACUGCAGUGCUAAUGUACUUUAGUACUCUGACACAUCCCUUCAGUUAUGACUUACCCUUCAUCAAACUGUUCAGCUGAAAUCACCUAUGGACCUGUUGCUUAGAGCCCACUGUGGUUACAGCCUUCCUGGUGGGACAUUGGGCCAUGGAACAAAAAUUCUUUAUGCUGUGUGAUGAAGCUGUUUCUGGAUUAUUUCACGGACCCUCCCGUGUCUUACGAAGUUCUCACCAAAUCCAUUUUUUCCCAGUAUAGGUGAGAAAAAUGAAAUACUAUUUUAAGUCUUUUCCCACAGCUCCUGAAGAUGGUCAUGUUGUCCUCCCUCUGCAGUUGUCUGUAUGUUUGCUUUGCAUUAGGAAAACAAGAAGACUAUGGCCAAGGCAUUUCUUUUGUUCUUCUGCUCUGCUGUUCCUUCCAUCUGGUAGCACUGCCUUUUCUAUCCUGCUUGCUCUGAGAUACAUUUGAUUCCCUUUAAAAAAGGACCGUGUCUUCGAAGAGACUCUGCUCAGUUCUCAUUUGAUGUCAUCUGAAAAGCAGGGUUUAAUGACUAGUUAUUUUCAUGUUGAAGGACUACACCUGCAAUAUAUUUAGCUGCUUGAGGAGUUGCAGGAGAAGGUACGUUCUUCAAAUCUGUGAGCUUUAGCAGCCAGAAGUUGUGUCCUGGCUGUGUUAUCACAGCAGGAUCUCAGGUAAGCUGGUUUUAUAGGCACUGUGGAGGGUACCAUGAGAAUACCUGGCCAUUUUAGUUCUUUGGUAAUUUGUCUUAGCAGCAAUGAUGCAAACUGUUAGCACAUAGCUUAUUUGCUGUUCUUUAUUAAGGUAUGUUUGGUCUCUCCAUCUCCACAAUAGUUAUUCAGCUUUCUGUACCUUGAGCACAUGAGGCAAGAUGUUGGUAUUCAGUCAUUCUCCCACAGUAAUUUUAUUUUUUCCCUUUUCUCUUUAGCAAGGACUGAGAAAAUCUCCCACAAAGCUUCAGUGGGAAUCUCUGGAGUUCACAGGUUUUCACUGAGUCUCCAUUAGAAAUAGGAUCUCCUCCACGUAAGUGAUUCUCGGUCCUUUCUGUUUGUUUUAUAAUGUCCUGACUGCUCUGGGAGGAAAACAAUGCGAAAAAUGGAUCACUUUGCACUCUUAUUUGCACAAUAGAGCUUUCAGACAAUCUAGUUUUCAUCUUCUGCCCAAUUCAGAGUUUCAGUGGAGAAGUGUCAUCUGAUGAAACUCUAGAAGUCACUUUCAGUCCUGAUCUUCUAUCUGGACUUCAUUAUACUUGUGAAUCUAAAUCACAGAAUCAUAGAAUGGUUUAAAUAAGUUUGUGACACGUGGUAGAACAGCUUUAAAGAACGAAAAUGAACUUGUCUGUGGGGCAACGUGAGGUUCUUCAGCACUUCUUCCAGAUUUUUACUGCAACACAUAAAAACAGUUCAAAGGUUUGAAUUGUGAUGUCUGCUACCUUAAAAUUUAAGAGGAAAUCUUUCAGUGUACCCACCUCUCCUACAUGAAACUGACAUCCUUUUGUGAUCAUUUGUCCUCAUCUUCAAAAGAGGUUUUAGUGGAAUAACAUCAAAUAUCCAAGGCUGAGACGUUCCCUGUGUUCCUUAAAGCACAGAUCUUGCAGAUGUCUUUGUGGAUGUCUUGGCUGGAACCAGGAUGCUGAGAGCUGCUUCAGCAGGCGGUGUCCUUGCACGACCCAAUGAACAAGAUAUAUUCAUUUCACAAAACCAUUGCCUAAGAUGAAAAUCAAAGGCUGCAUGCAGGUGACCAACCUUGUAGACUGUUUUCCAGGUAUUUUUAGGUGAGAGGAACUGUUCUGAGAGCUGCUUUGGAAAAGAAACUGAGUUUUUUGGCAUGAAAUGAAGGAACAAAGAAGAGAGCUGUUACUCCAAGAUGGACAUGUAACCUCAAGGUGGAACAGGACAACACUGAAAUGUGUCUGUACUUUGGAAAACCCAAAACUUAACAAAUUUUUAAGAGCUGGUAAGAUUCACUUUAUCUGACCAAGGUAACUAAAAAGUUAACUCUCCAAAUUUAAGCUUGUGUUGCUCAAUUUCCUUUUUGUUUCUUGGAGAAUACUUCUAGCAGAGACAGCUAAAAAAAGAUGUAUUGGUCUCUGGAAAUACCAUUUUUCUUUCCACUGACUACAAAAGGAGCCAAGGGUGAUUCUUGCAGUGCAAUGUUGUUAUAGGAGGCCAUUUUCACUCAUCGUGAAGAAAAUUCUUCUCUGUACGAAUGGGGCAAAGUUCCUGCUGGCUGUCUUCUAUCCAUCAUUCAUCAGAGGAGUUCAGACAUUGACAUCCAAGGGGCAAAAUCACCAUACGAGGCAGAGGUCUUCACCAUUUCCUAGAAUGACGAAGCCUCUCCUUCUCAGUGAGCAUCAUAGUCUCGUGUCCCAAGGCUUUAUGUAGUCUACUUCUAAGCAAUUAGCCUGAUCAGAUUUUGACCACUUCUUUUGGGAACCCAUGCUUUUAAGUAUUUGAAUACUUUCCGAUCAAGCAAUAAAAAAAAGUCUCCAUGGACUUUUCAGCCUUUUUGGGUUAGGCUUGCCAUUCACAGUCUUGCUGUUGCUUGGAAUUUGGGAGGAGCACUGCUGUUUCUUUUUGCAAGGCUUUUUGUGGGUGUUUUUUUUUUUUUUUUUUUUGGCAGAAUUUCCUUUCAUUUUUUAAACUUCUUUUUGCUUUAGAAUAAUGAUCAAGGCUAAAUAAGUGCCUCUUGGAGUGAAGACUGAGCAGCACACCUUGCACAUGCUUUGCCUUCAUACUUUGGCAGCUUUUUCUGAUGAUCGAUCACACAUUGAGAGAAAUGCCUCAUUUAAUUAAAGCCCCCAAGCAAAGGAGCACUGUGGUGGGAGUAUGUCUCAUCCUUAAACCUUCCACCUGUAUAGGCAUUAUUCCUGACCAGGGAUUUUAUCAAGUUUCUUACUUUUCUAAGAGCCAGAUCGAUACAGGCUCUCACAGUGCUUGGUAGAUUUCAUCAGCAAUGGCAGACUCUUUUCAAGAAGAAAGUAGCUUUUCAAUAAGAAGGUAACCAACAUGUGCAUGACCUCCUCAGAAGGGUUAGGAAUAGUUUGAAGUGCCAGGAAAGAGACACAGGGAUGGAAGACCUUUGAAAAAUUAUUUGGCUUUAUCUCCUACUGAGCUCGUAAUGUUCUUUAGCCUCCGGCUGGAACUUCGUUUAGCUGAGGAUUGCAGAUGUAAUUUUCAAAAUAUGAGUGUUUUUUCCUUUUUAUAUAAAAUGUACCCUCUGAGUAAUUCUGCAGCCUUUCCCACCUGACAAUACUAUAACUAACCUCACCAUUAGGAGCAGGGAGAAAACUUGAAGGAAGGAUUAAUCCUAUUCAGCUUUCACUCCCUAAAAAUUGAAGUGCCUUGCCUAACCUCUUUAGAUCUUCUUCCUCUACCAUCAGCAGAAGGAGACAGGCACGCUUGAAGAGGAAUUCAACCCACGUAUCUCACACCACUUCUUCACAUCUAACUGGAAGUGAGAUGGAAUUCAUCCUAUUUGUGAGUAAGGGCAACGUGAAAUGGAAAUCACAGAAUCAAGCACUAAAUAAAUCCUUCAAAUGCUGCUCAAAGCUUGCAUUUUAGUUGGUUACAAAGUCACUGGACACCUCUUCUUGGAGCUACGAUUUCACCUGCAGCCUGAGAACUUCCUGACCAUUUUCUGAUUUCUAUGUUUUCUUGUUGAGAUAAGUCUAGUUGGUUAUAAACUAGGAUCAAUGUGCUUGAUUAAAUCAGCGAGUUUUUACUGUUUCUGUUAUGCUUCUACUAUUUUAAAGCUUGUUUGGGUCAGAAAUGCCAAAGCUGCUAAACGCUGCUAAACAUAGGUAGAAUUAAAUAUAGAGUUGUAAUUGAAAACAACUGCAGAGCUAUGGCUAGAACAUCCUCCAGUUCCAUUUCUUUCUCUUGUAAAUCACUUGUUCUCCUUUCAACGCCAAACACAGGUGUGUGCAUAAACCAAGCUGGUGUGCAACACUGGACACCUUUGUUCAGCAAACAGUGCAGGGACAAUGAUUUGGAAUAGGAGAAUAAUCUUUCAGGAAGGUGUGUGAUCUCUUGUGGAUUUUGGCUUCAGUAGUUGUUGGUUAGAUGUCGAACCUGGUCCUCUUUGUGAUAAGCAGUGUAAGUGGCUGGAUGCUCUAGUGCAGUGUAGCUGUCAAGAUAUCCCCACUGCAGUCCACAGGAAAAGGCUGGUACUUCUGAGAAGUGAUCCAUCUUAUAUCUGUCUUAGGAUGGAAGGAGGGAUCCUUGGCAACCCCAUUCACAUUUAACUUUUGGCUGGCCAAAUAUCCAUGCAGUGAAAAUAGUAAGACCUUAUCAUCUAUUCGGUGGAAUUUCAGCGGUGCUUCCUGCUCACCCUUUAAAAUGAUUCUUCCAACUUUAACCAUUCCUGAUACAUGGAAAUGACCAUUUGCUUGAGAGAACGUCUUGGCACUUUGAUCUAGUCCUGAUUUCACCCUGAGUUUUGUUGGCUUUUUUUGCUUGAUUGGUUUGGUUUAAUAGGCAACACUUCAUCUCGCCCUCCUGAUAGUCGGGGAUGGAGGGACUUGUCUCACCUAAUCUUAAAUCAGUGGAAGCAGCUUCUUCACCUGAACUUGUAGUCUAUACUUUUACUACAGCACUGUCAGACUGUGAGGCAUCGCAUUUGGUCACCUCCAUGACGGGAAGAAGAAUCACACUUCAGAAGAGGCCGUUUCUGUCUGUUGAUUGCAAAACGGGCAGAGUUUAACAUCAGGUUGUGGAUGGUAAAUAUCUGACCAGCAGCCAGGUGGCAGGAUGGCCGUCUCUGAUCUUCAGACUCCUUGCAUUAUGUUGUUUCACUCUGCCCUGCCAUGUCUGGUGGGGCUUGGUAACCUCUGCCAGUGGUCCACACCAGCCACUGAAUGCUUCCCCAGGGGCUUAGCCUUCAGUAUUUGUGUAGACAAAUUAGAGAACAUUGCUUAAAUACUGCAGAGGAAGAAAACUUGUUAGCAGGGAUUUGUUUUGAGAGGAAGCCAGGAGAAUUAUCUGUAUUUUUCAACAGGGAUGAAGGAGCUGUAGGGUCUUCUGCUGUAUCCAUUACAUCAUAUGUGUGUGUCUAGGGCAUGUGUACAGGCAGAAACAAAUGUGCGUGGACAGGGAAGAUUUACAUUGGCAGUGCACUACAGCGAUGGUUCCUCUCCAAGUGCUGGGAUGGUUUGUUCUCCUUUCAGAGUGGAAUCUGUGGGAUCUCAGUUGCAUGCAUCCAACCCAUGAAGACAGGGCAGUCCAUUGCACUGGUGUAAUUCUGGGUUAUCGGCACUGAAUUAAUGUGUUGGUUUCGCCCCAGGGAUGUCCUGAGUUGCAUCCUUUGUGGUAGGAAGGGUAGGAGUGGAGCAUCUUCCUUGAGCUAGUCCCUCAUAGUGGGAUAUUGCCAGGGCCGCAGUCAUUUGCAUCUCACCUUAAAAUUACUCAAAGGGAAAAGCCCCUUCCACGUAUAUCUGUGGCUUGGAAUCACGGGGCCGGCACGGAUGAUCCUGCUGCAGGGAACCCAUCCACACAAAACGUAGAUCGAUCCUAACGUCACUUUUAAAUGCACAUCCUCAGAUCCCAGCUGUGGGAGGUGGAACAGCAGUCUGCCUGGCCAGAGGCAGCGGGGUGAGAGCCCAACCCCUGCGAGCCCCGUGGAGCUCAGUGGGGUCGCAGAAUGCCGUGACUCAAACACACAGUCAUGUCCCUCAUCAAACGGUUUUUAUGUUUGACUUGUCGGGAUUUCGACAAACGUUUCAUGCUUUUAUUAAGGCAAAAGUACGUGCUUGUGAAAUUGUGAAAUUGAUGUGUUCUUUUGUAUCUGUUUAAAAAAAAUAAUAAUAAUGAUGAUGUAUUUAAAGCUAAAGAGCCGUUAUUGUGCGGGGUUUUCUCUCAAACUGGUGCAUACACUUUACAUCAGGGACCUACUAUACAUAACAAAAAUCAGUGAUUCAGUUACUGUAAAACCAGAUACACACCUUUUACUGUAAUAAUAACUUUUAAAACCUUGCACUGUAAUGGUUGCUAUUAAAAACAAACAAUCAAAAAAAAAAAAAACCUACAAAAAAAAAAAAAACAACUUGUCAGAAUGAUUUUGUAUCUUUUGAUUAUCUCUGAAAUUUUAGCAUUUUUGUAUACUUACCAUGUCAACUACAGCAUCCUCCACGGUUCGUUCCCGGGUUCUGUUUCCUUUCUGUCUCACAAAACACGCGCAUUGCUACAGGAUGUGGACGGGCAGGGUAUGGCCAUGGGAACCGCGUAGGUCACCCCAAGCUCUUGUCAGAAAGAUGCACCCAAACAAGCCGAGCAGGAGGGAAAGCCAAGAGCCCAAGCCCUUCUGCUGGUGUCAGAUCCCCUCAGCAGUUCCAGCUGCUCCGAGUGUUCGACCAACAGAACCAGGGAGCGACAUCCGAGCCGCUCCUUUAUGCCGGCGUUGCUCUGGUUGCCUUGGCUGCCCAGCUCCAUCACACAGCAAUGCGUUGCGAGUAGGUAGGAAAUCCCAACCAACGAGAUAACUUUGCAAUCGCUGCGUUUGUUGAUUUAUUAUUAUUAUUUUAAUUUUUUUUUAUUUUUUUUUUAGUAAGCUGUAUUUGGAAUCAGACAGCAUGGUGUUGCAAUCCUUUCUAUUUUUAAAUACUGAUACAUUCUGUGUGUGAAGUCUUGUUUCCUAGCUAAGAGAACCUUAAAUGUGGAGCUGAGUUUGAACCGUUUAUUUUCCUUGUUGUACUGUGAUUUGGGAAUUAUUUUGAUAUAAUCCUUUAAUUUGGUAGAUUUCCCACACCUUCUCCCUCCUUCCUAUCAUCACUUCAUAUUUUUUACAAAAGAAAAAAAAACAAACAAACAAAGGAACAAAUAAUCUUUUUUUCUCUCUUUAGGCUGUGUAAUGUUGUGUUGUCCAGAUUCUGUAUAAAAAUAUGUAUAUGAUGUAUCUGAUAUUUGGCAGCGAACGGCUGCAACUUUAACCAAUAUAAUUAACAAAGAAAUGCAUAAUGUUGGUGUUUUAAAAAGUAAAAAAAAAAAAAAAAACCUAGUUAAGAUGUUUGUGUAAACUUGCAUGGUUUAAAAUGUACUUAGUGCAUUGAGAAAUGUUGUUAGGGUCCUAAGUGAAAGGCUGGUUUACUUUUUGAUUCUAAUGGUGAUUGGUUUGUUGAUCAGAAUAUCCCCUAUACUGUAUGUCUUAGUUUAUUUAGCAUAUUUAUUUAUUUUUUUCUCAAGAUCUAGCAUAGUGUAUCUAUCUAUAUGUAAUACUGUUCCUUAAAACCAGGUUGUGGAAACUGCGUUUCGUCCGGCAAAAUGAUGUUUUGCAUCACGGUUGUGAUUCAGUUGCAUUCCAUUUAAUUUGCUGUGAAGUCCAGGUUUGACUUUCCACUGGGAUCUCUCUUGCCAGUGGGGAGAUGCUCACGGCCGGGCUGCCAGACCCUGGGACAAGGCUGAGCUGAGGGGCUGGCUCCUGUCCCACACCAGGACAUCAACGUCAGGCCCGGUGGUCCCGGAUAAUGGUGGGGUACAAGGGCAGGAUUUGGUCCCUCCAUGGCGAGUGAAAGUUGGGUUUUUCCUCUCGGCAGCACGUGUUUUAUCAGGAUCACAGCAGGCGUCCCUGGGGUUUCUCCCAGCUCUCCAUUGGAUGAUUAUGGCUUUUUAGCAGCAUCGCUGAAACAACCGCGGUGAAGUGGGGACGAUGAGCCCAUGAGGAACAUAACGAAGCUGUUCAGCAAUAAGCUCCCUACUUCUAGAAGCACAAACCCACCGUGUUCCAGAGGAGCUCGUUUGGAGCCCAGCCCUGCAGGUGUGGGAAGCAUACAGGCAAAGGACGUGGUUCCUUUUCACCAGGCUUCUCGCUGUUUUGCUCUAGGCUUUGCUUCUGCUGAACUGCCAGAAAGGGAACAUUUACAAGUGACACCACCGACACCAUCAAAGCUGCAGAGCCCAUGAACAGCUCCUGGGACUGACCUCCCUGCUCAGGUCAACGCGGAGAUGUUUGUGUUUCUAAUACCUGACAAACCUCCAGUGGCCUUUCCCCAAGGUAACGCAGAGCUAGAUAUAUAGAGCUACCAAUUUUCUUAGUGCUCUUCAACCCCGAGAAUCUCAAAGGGCUUUUCCAUCAGGACACGAUGUGACUCGUGCUGCCUGUCCGUGGCAGAGCACUGUUAUCACAGCCACCUCUGGGGUGACCUCGCUCCGUGUCUGCCUGCUCGUGGCAUCAUCAGAAUGUGACCGUCUGGUGCAAGAAGUGUGGGUUGCACCUUGGGGGAACCUAGCGAAGUGCACAUCAAGAGCAAUUGGACUCAUUGCUUUUUCCCUUUCUGAGCAGUUCCUCUCUUUUUGUCCAUCCUCCCAGGGCUGGGCAGUGAGAUGUCCAGGUUACUUAAAAAUCUGCAGUUUGCUUUCCCCAGCCUUUUCUUUCCUAAAACCUUAUUAAAUAGUCCUUUUGCACAGGAGAAUAGGGAACAAGAAUCUGCCUCUCUGCUCCAGAAACAGGACAACUCCAGCCUCCUCUUUCCUCCUUUACGCAAAGCUACGGGAUGAAUAAUUUCUUCUCGAUCUUCUCUGAUCUCCACCGCUUCUUUUAAACCAUGGUUGUACUCUGAUUUUGCUGCUUGAUGGUCUAACUGGUUUUCAUCUGGAAAUAAACAACCAGCCCAACUUAGGCACUGGCAGGAAUCCUCACCUGGUGUGCAGUUCCAUGCCCUGUCCUGCAGCCACAUCAUAGAGCAUGAUGGAUGUGGCCUCAACACUGGCAACAGAUCUGGAGAUUUGUUGCAGGAUCAGCUGCAUCUGUGUAAAGCUGCUUGUGGUGGGCAUCUCCCCAGCUCAUCAAGCAGAAGCAAUCUGCUUCUCUUCUUACUUUUCCCCAUACCCAGGGUUUUUGCAGGAAACCAGUGCCCAAGUGUGGUUCUCUGGCGAGGAGGAAAUCACCUGGUGGAUGUUUCACGGCAUGGUGCUCAAUGGAUUUUUUCUCUUCAAGGAUCCAAUCAGUCUGGUGUCCUAUGUCUUUACAUAGAAAAGUUUCUGCUGAAAUCAAGUUUUGCUUUCUAAGGCUGCAAGACCUGUUACUUCAGAUCCUCCAAGGGUGUAUGUGGAGCAUCCUCUGAUAAAGGACGUCAGUAGUCAGUUCCUUGAAGUAGCCUUUUCUGGUCAUUAGGAUUUUGCUUCUACAGAUCUGACCUUCUCUGUCUUCAGUGUCAAUGGAAAAAGGGUCUGUUCCCUCUAAGGAAAGACCUUAGUCGUUGGAAGUCUGCUCAUGUCUUUUGGAAGAAUGCUCAUGUGAUGUAACCUCACCUCACCUCUGUUUGCCUCUGCUUGGCUCCACGUGCACUGGGGGAAGCUAGCUUUUUGAGCAGCAUUCCACAGACAGCCUCUAAUGGUCAAUUUCUCCCCCCUUUCUCAAGGCUGGCAUUCAAAUGUUUUAAUCUGAGCAAUUAGCCAUACAGCUGGUGUAAAUUAUCAGAGUCCUACUGAGAUAACUGGAGCCAUUCUGCCACACACCAGCCAAGGGCAUGGCACAGCUCUCCACCAGCUGCCAGAGAGAUCUGCAUCUCCUCGGUGCCACCAAGCCUUGCUCUGCUUGAUGGGAGCAUGUUCUGGGGUUAGACAAAAGCUCUCUUCAAAAGCAUUGCAGUGGUUUACAAGCUGAGUACAGUGCUUUGCUCAUUCUCUAGCCUCAUCAGCAAUCCAUUAGAAACAUCUCUGUACAGACAGACUUUCCCCUUCCCUUCUCUAAGAAGAACGAGGCACAUAAAUAGCUUUAAUUUCCAUCCUUGAAACCAUGUAAAGUUAAAAAAAAAUAUAAUAAUAAAGCAAAACCCAAACCUUAUGCCCUGAAAUUAUUCUGCAAAGCCCAGGUGAGGCUGAGACUUUGCAGGCCAGAGCUAUGGUUUUAUGCAGGACUUUACAAGACUGUUUAAUUUCCAACGCAAUAAAGAAUAACCAACUUAUUGUAGCAAACCUUGUGCCAGGUGCUAUCUCCCAAAACCUUCUGCAUCAGACAGUCUGCCCUGUAUUCUCUCUGCCUAGGGACACUUUGCAGAAUUUUGGAAGGGAAAAUGCCCCUUUUGCCUCUUCACAAGCAAGGUAGGGUUGCAAAAGGGGAAAACUGGAUGGCUUUAAGUGUGUCUUUUUCCUUUUUCUUUCUCUCUUCCUUUUAUUUUUAUUUUCUUCCUUCUUUCUCCCCAUCUCCUCUUUUUCUCUGCCCCUUUCCCUUCCUCUCUCUCCCAUCUCUCUCUGUUUUUUUCUCUCUUACUCUCCUUCUCCUUUCCUUCUUUCUUGUGACCUAAGGAGUAGCCUCACUGGAAACCAUUGGAUCUGCAAAAGCGAAUCCCAUUGGUCUUUCCAUCAGAGUUUCCAUGUUGAUUUGAGGAGCGGCCCACGGAUACCCCUUUGGAGCUCUUUCUGUUGUGCUUUUGUUCAUGUUCUUUGACUUGGUUUCUGACAUUUCUGACCUCUUCUGGAUUAUCUCUUUCCUUGCUCUCAUGCUCAGUGUCCUCCUUUGACCUUUAACAAGCCAAACUUAAACUAGGAAAAUGGGUGUUCAUUCUUUCUGCUGUCUCACGAGCUCAUCGGUCAUUGUUUCUCACCUUCCAGCAGACGUGUCUUCUUUCUCACAGAGGAAAUGCUACUCAGAGCAAGAGACUGGUGUUGAGGAUCCCAGGAUCCUCAUCUUAGCUUUUCCUUUCGCUUGCUCUCUACUUCUUCUAUGUGUGCCUCAAUUUACCCACCCAGGUAUAAUAAUAUCUACCUCACAGGGGUGUUGUGAGGCUCUGUUCUUGAGAUCCUUGUCUGGAAGGUGGAGGAGAAAUGAUCCCGUUCAUGCACUAUUUCAUUGGCAUUCCGUGACCAAAUAUUUUCUUAAACCAUCAGUGCUGGCAGGAGUAACAUGACACAAGUUUUAUUCCUUGCUUUUAUCUGUUGCCAAGGUUUGGGCCAUUCACAGAAGCUCCACAAAGGCAAAGCUGGACAUGGCACAUGGAGGAGAUCAGCAUGAUAAGGGAAGUUCUGCUCUUGUACCUCUUCUUCCUCCCUUGGCUGAAAAUCACAUUAUUGCCCUGCUGUCCCAACCUUCCAACAACCCUGUAAUUAAUCUCUUCACCACUGAAAACUCUUUCUGGACUGUAGAAUUUCACUGGAGACACUGAAAGUCGUGCAAGUGCAUGUUUGGGCUGUAUGUUAGAUUGCCAGCACUUUUGGUGACACAGUUCAGGCUGUCCUACAGCACCAUGGCAAUGCCCAGGGAAAUGUUUGCCAGUUGAUAUUUGUAAGGGUGUGCAGAGAAAACUCCUUUUUAAAUAAUUCCUUUGCUCUGCUAGGUGUUUAGCACCUUGAUGCACAGAGAUAACUCUGCUUGACCAUACAUACUUCAGUCAGAGGAUUCAGGCUCUAGCGUGAAUGAUUCAUGACAUUAAUCCCAGCAACUGGCAGAGGAAGGGAGAAAAAUGUCACCUUCCUACCCUACCCCAUAGUCAGCAGAUGCUGUUCCAUCCAGCUUUGUCUUAAACAGCAUGAAUGGCAAACAGAAUGAAAACCAUUCUGCCCAAGUACGGGAAUUUCUGCUGCUUCCUUCAAGAAAGAACUCAUUGAGACAGCCUUUUGGAUGCUGACAGAAGAUGGGAUUGGGCUGCAAAAUGGUAAAAUAAAAAUAAAUGUGCACAUGAUCCUCCCAGAGAAGGAAAAGAAGCCCACAGCAAUCAUUCUUGUGCACCACAUGCAUCUGGUUAAGGGAGAGCAGCAGGAUGGUUUGCCUUCUUUCAUCCACAGGGAUACAGGAGCAGCUUGGAGAGGGUCCCCCUUACUGGAAAGCAGCACUCAGAGAACUUCUGCUGCCUUUGCCUUUGGAAACCGUGCUGUCAACUCUGUAAUACAGACAGGGAAAGCUUUAGCUGAAGUGAAUCAUGUUUUCUGCACUGAUGGAGCUGAAUAGGAAAGAGUGGGUCCAUCCCCUAAGAAUUUUUAUGAGUUUGCUUUUUCCAAAUGACAUGGAAACAUCAAGGCUAUCAGCAAACAGAAAACAAAAAUAGGCAAAAUGAUGGCUAUGCUGAUUGAAAGCAGAUUGUAUCCUACUUUUUUUUUUUUAAUUGAUUAUCCUGCAUUUUGGAAUGCUAAGUGAAAAAGCCUGAAUGAAGGUGUUAAAACCUCAAAGAGCCUCGAGUCAUAUCCUUCAUUUCCCCAUGGCCGUGGUAUUUUUCAAGAGGAAACAUCCUGAAACUUGCAUUUUCUAAGAUGUUUUAACUGUGAGAUGCUGACUUUUUGAGGAGGGGGAAAACAAGUUUUCAAAACAAAUCACAUCCCCUUGACCCUCUAUCCUACAUGGCACAAACUCUACAACCUUUUCCCUCUUGGAAGUGAGAUUGGCUUCACUACAGGAGCCCUGUGCCUGCAGCGCUGUUUGGAGCAUCACAAGUCAUUCCACUUAGAUGGGAAUGACCAGAAACUCAAUACAACUUGGUCCCAUAGAGCCUACAGAGCAUCAAGGAAAGCUGGCACUGUCUUGGAUCCCACCUGCCCUUCCAUUGAGCCAAUGUGAGGCUGUUCUUCCUUUCUGAGGUGGUAGAGUCUUCUACAGCCUUGCAAACCACCAAACAAAGAGAAGCCACUCUUCCGUCUGAGCAGUUUGACUUGUUGGCAGCAGUACACCCACGGGAGCUGCUCCAGGCACUGAGUUUUAUCUAGAGAUUGGCAGGAAGGUUCUUGUUCAUUUAAUUUUUCAUGUAACUGUGUUUUUUUUCCCCUUUUUGGUGAAACUUGAGUUGUUCCUGGAAUACUGAGCUUUGGGAAAAGCCACCAUCAUCCAUGCUCCCACGUCCUGCCCCACAUGGCAGCCUGUCUAUUGCCCCAGGAUGAUAAGCACACGGGAGAGGUUAGAGGGACCAUAACAGCCCACGGCUAUGGCAACAAGAAGAAAUAAGCACACUGUUGAAACUAAAGCACACAAACAAACCUGCUCCAUGAUCCUGAUAAAAUCCGCUGCCCGGGAGUGAAUUCCCCAUGGCCUCUUCUCAGAGGUCCCGAGCCCACACUCACAUCCCCUCCUCCCUUUCUGCUCUGCAAUUUCACAUUGAGACAUCAUCCCCUUCUCCCAGGCCAGGCUCGCACCGCGGCGUUUUGCUCUGUGCAGCUCUUGCAUUCACCACAAAUGACAACGGCGUCUCUGCAGAAGGCCCCCGAGUGCCAAGAUGCGACUUUCCUCUACAAAAACCCCUAGGAUACAAAGGGGAGCCUGAAAUAAUGAGUUGUGCCAGCAAACAGGUCCAGGAGCUCUGUGUUAGGUGUGGACCUUUGCUGGGGUAGCUGAUGAGGUGGAUUAUACCCGCAAAUGUCCUUUGGUAGAGCUGGCCAACACGCCCCAAAUGCUUUGCUUCAGAUCUGGACUCAUGCACUUGCCUCUUCCCCGUCCCAUUUGUACACUUUGGUUUCCGAGCUGUUUUUUGCACUGUCAGGAAUUUUUUAAACCGUGUUAAUUGUAGUCAGCUGCAUAAUGUUUGUUAGGCCUCUCCACCAAGCUCUUUAAAUGAAAGUCAGUGGCUGUCUUCCCUUGGACAAUAAUGAAUGUAUAUAUCGUAAGUGCAGACUAUACAGAAAAGUGGCUAAGUCAAGGAUCAGAGGGUUUUGUAAAGCCUGUUUAUUUUUUUAAAUAAGUUUGAGCAUUUAUAUUUUACCACCAUUUACGUGGUUUUGGGGAACCCAGAUUGUGUCAAGAUCUCAUGCCAAAACAAGCCAAAAGUUGUUUGAUUUCAACCUUUUCUUCCAUGAACCAUAUUUUAAAUGAUACUUUAAAUGUCAUUUUAAAUGUUUUAUUGAAACAUGUACUGAUGAAAAAAAAAAAACACAAAAAACAAAAUGUCAUCUUGACAAAAGAUUUAUACAUGAAUCAGAAAGUAUUUAUUUCAAUUUUGUACCUUUCCAUUUUAAUACAUUAUAAUGUAUUGACUCAACUGAGAUAAUAUAAACAGUUCAUUUUAAUAACA